AUGCCAUAUGAUAGACCUCUGAUGCCACUUCCGCUGACGGAGAGCGAUUACUACGGUAGGCCGCCUAUUCCACCGCCUUACUCAGAAGAAAGCGAAAAUUGUGAACCUGGUCAACCGCCAAAGUUACCUCCGAGACCAUAUACCGCUGACUCUUCGCCUCCGCCACUGCCAGCAAGAUUAUCUACUGACAAAGAUUUAGAAGGAAAUACUAUGUUCUUUCCCGUAGAAUCUACUAGCAUUUUUUCUAGUGCCAUAUCUACCAAAGAUCCGUCCCAGAUCUUUCCCAAAUCGGUUCAUCCAGUCCCAAUACCUCCAAAUACAAUAUCCAAUGGUAGACCAAUUCCCACAAAUAAGUUCUACGGCAAUAUGAUGUUAGGUGACCAGACAAACCCUGUGUGGACGCACCCUUACUCGAUCUGGCUUUCACGAGACUUUUACUUCGGUAUGUCAAUUUCAUACACAACAUCUGCGCAACGCGUUUUUUCACCCAAUAACCCCCCACAGUAUUAUUUUUCCCCAACAGGUAUCAAGUCAUUCACCUUCAGCGCUGAGGAUUUCUCUUCACCCAACGAUAUGAAGUUAGAGUUUGCAAAUAUCAAUCAUCUGUCAAUUAACGCUUUAUUGAAGAAAUCAGAUGACCAGUACAUUAUGUUUCCCUUAGUGCAGGGUAUGGGAUUUGUGACCGCGGCUUAUUUCAGUUUGGUUCCUAAAUUGUCUUCUGCAGUAGGUAUUAAAUCAAUGACAGUAUUACCUUCACCACGACCUGGGAUACAGAAAUAUAAACUUGAUUUACAUAAUGGAGUUUCUUGGAUACUCUAUGUCACUGUACCAAGUGGAAAGUCUUUAUCUUUAGUCCUGAAGAGUGAGAAUGUCAUCCUGGGCGACCAAAAAGUUCACAAUUGCAUAUUUCAAAUCGUUGCAGAUACAAAUCCUGCAAUCGAUGUAGCUGCAGGCUGCUUUCCGGUGUCAUGCAAUUUAUGGGGAUGCACGAGAAGUUCUCUGGGUACUUACAAAUUAAUUUAUGAAACGUCUGGAUUAUCCAACGGCGGUAAGACUUUGAUGUAUGCCUUACCCCAUCAUGUAAAAAGUUUCACACCAGCUAUGGCAAGUAAGAAAAUAAAUUCCUUUCUGGAUUCUACCGUGUAUGGGAAAAUGACAGCAUAUAUCACCAAAGAGUUUGAAAUGGAAGUUCUAAUUCCUAAAGAUUUAGGAUUCCAUCCUUUUUCAACCAUUCCGGGCAAAGAAAUCCCGUCGUACUCUUCCAAUGUCAUAGCGGCAAUCGAAGAGGCGGCUUCCUUUGAAGCUCAAGGAGAUAUCGAUGCAGAAUCAGACUUAGAUUCAAUGUACUUUUCGGGCAAAAUUUUGGCAAAGUAUGCUUGGAUCUUGUUUUGUUCUCAUUAUAUUCUCAAAAAGGAAAAUUUGGCUAAAACAUUAGUACUAAAACUAAAAAAUGCAUUACAAAAGUUUGUGAUAAAUCAGCAGAAAUUGCCUUUAAAAUAUGAUACAACUUGGGGCGGCAUUAUAUCAUCGGGCUCCAGUUCACAAGAUUUUGGGAAUUCUUAUUACAAUGAUCACCAUUUCCACUAUGCUUAUCAUGUUAUAACGGCAGCUAUAAUAGCUAAAGUCGACAACGAUAUUGGCGAUGGAAGUUGGCUUGCUCAUAACAGAGACUGGGUUGAAACUUUGAUUAGAGAUUAUUCAAACCCAAGUAAGGCGGACCCCUAUUUCCCAGAAUUUAGAUCUUUUGAUUGGUUUGCUGGUCAUUCUUGGGCGAAGGGUCUCUUUCCUAGUGGUGACGGGAAAGAUCAGGAGUCUAGCUCCGAGGAUGUCAAUGCGGCAUACGCAUUGAAACUAUGGGGUAGUGUUGCCGGAAAUGCAGCCAUGGAAAGCAUUGGUCUUUUGGAGCUAGGAAUAAUGAGGAUAUCUGCCAAUGAAUACUUUUUAUACACCGAUGAUAAUACUACACAGCCCGCAAACUUUAUUCCCAAUAAAGUGAGUGGAAUUUUCUUUGAAAACAAAAUCGAUCAUACCACGUAUUUUGGAAAUAAGUUGAUCUACAUUCAAAUGAUCCACGCCAUUCCAAUUACUCCGGCGUCUUCUUUUAUUAGAACUCCCGCUUUUGUCAAAGAGGAAUGGGAGCAAAAGUUAUCAUCAAUCUCUAAUGAAAUUAAUGACGGCUGGAAAGGCAUUUUGAUGUUAAAUGUGGCCCUAUUUGAUCCAAGACAAUCCUACGAGUUCUUUAGCAGUCCAACGUUUGCAUCUACUUAUCUAGAUAAUGGCCAAAGCAGAACAUGGUCGCUGGCAUAUUCAGGAGCUUUCAUAUGA